AGAAGGAAGCACUGGUCACUGACUUUUUCCUCCCCAGAAGGCCACUUCCCUUUAACGCUUCAACUCAGCUCAUCUGAAUCUAGCGGACGCGGCAACUGUUACAAAUUCUAGAGUGAAAUGGAUACUUUGGGUUUCUUUAUAUUUAUUCUUCAUUUCUCUUCAACAAAUGGUUUCCUUAUUGUACAUACAACAAAGAAAUUGUGUCUGUCAACCCUCAAAACGAGGGUGAUCCUCGCCAAAUGCAAUGUCACCCGUCCAGAUCAACAAUGGGAAUGGACGAAAGAUAUGAAGUUGCAUCACGCACAAUCAUCCGACUGUCUCUGGGUCAAUCCGAGCAAUGCGAUACCUUCGCACGCGCGUCUUGCCUCGAUAAGGAACUGUGACAGCGCACCUAGUUGGAAAUGCUACGACAACCGGGGGACUUUUGGGUUAGCGGACAAGCAAAUGUACCUGAAGAAACAAGGUUCAAUGGUUACGAUCAGAGGGGACCCAAGUUAUUCAAACUGGACUAAGUAUGAAGAAGUUGAUUCUGGAGGGAAACAAUUGAUGACAAACUUAUGUCCGGGCAAAGGUUCCACCACAACCUCAUCCACUUCAAUGUAUUCAUCCACACACAAACCAACCGAAUACACCAGCACAGUCCUUGCCAUUAAAAGGACCUAUAUAAGCACACAAUCAUCCGACACUGUGUGGGCUGAUAGGACUACUCGGCAUCGCUCUACUGUAGGAGUUCCCUUCACAAUAUCCAACAGGGUGAACACCUUUAAUGCGUCCUUGGUAGCCACACACACCGAUGACCUUAUCAAGACUCGGACAAGAAGGACGGCCACAUUGAGUCUCAUACCCAGUUCCGUCUCAAGGGCUGUCACGACUUCAGGGGCUGACUCAAGGGCUGAAACAGAUCCAUCUCCAUCCAGAUUCACAACAGUGCUGACUACAACUUCUUCUGCCCAUACCAGUGUUACCGUCGGCCGAACAGUGAAGUUGAAAUCUACAUUUCCAUUUAAUGUAGCCCCAGACACAACAGCCCCAGCCUCUGUGACCUCAACUCCAGCCAUGCCCUCCUCAGCUCCUCCUUCAAAAUCAUCAACUUCACCCAAAACCUCUCCAAGAAAGACUGUAGGCAGACCAACAAAUGAUAUAGCCCCACCAACAACCUCUACCGUCCCCCCAUAUACAUCCUCAACUGCACCCGCAGACCCCCCAAUCACAUCAACGGCAGCCUCAGCCACAGUGACAACAGGCCCGCCCACAAGCCCCAGAACCAGACCCACAGCUGCAGUUCCACCCUCAACUACCACAGCCGCACCAAGAACUGCCACAAACACAUCCACAACAACUUCAGCUCCACCCUCAACUACCACAAGCACACCCAGAACUACAAAUACGGCACAGACGACAGAGGUGACCAGCACCCCACAGGCCGAGACCACGGUCAAGUGUUCAUUUUACCUGACUGAAACAAGCGCUGGUACGGAUUCCAUUAGUCUAAAAUUAACCACACCAGGAGAAGAGUGUAACUUCGCAAUUUUUUAUGAUACUAGGCAAUCCUAUAUAACGGAAUGUGAUCACAAUGGAGAGCACACUAAAGAGUAUAUCUGCAAUAUAAGACAUUUGGAACCUGGGACUUUGCAUCACUUCAAAGUUCUCUCGAAGAGUGAUGGAGAGAAACUCGAUGUAUCAGUGCGAACAGAUCCUGUGGGUCCAUCCAGGUUGGAUGUGGUACCAGCGUCGGUCCAGAAUAUUCUUCCUGGUCAGGACAGCUCCAGAGGCUUGCUCGUAUCCUGGCCUCGGUCUCACGGACAGGUCGACUGGUAUGACCUCACACUACAGGACACCAAAACAGGGGCGAGCCGCAGUACUCGUGUCAUGGGCACUGCUGCCCCUCAGUCAGGCUUCAGCGGCCUCAUCCCUGGCACCCUCUAUGCCCUCAAACUGGUGGCAACAGCUGGUAAUAAAACAGCCCUACCAGUUCUGGCCAGUGCAGCUACAGCUCCGUCAGCCAUCAGCGGCCUCCAGAUCUCAGCCACCUCCAUCAGCAUGACAGUUUCCUGGCAGCCUGGCCCAGGCAGGAGAGAGUGUUUCAGGGUUCUGCUGAGGGAACAACAGGGCAGCCUGGUCAAGAACGUAACCGUGAAGAGCAGUGUCACCUCCCACAACCUUGACAACCUUCUACCUGGGACCCUGUACACAGUGACCGUGGUGACAGAGGCUGUAGGACUGCAGAAUUCUGUCUCCAAACAAGCAGUCACAGCUCCGUCAGCCAUCAGCAGCCUCCACCUCUCAGCCACCUCCAUCAGCAUGACAGUUUCCUGGCAGCCUGGCCCAGGCAGGAGAGAGUGUUUCAGGGUUCUGCUGAAGGACCAACAGGGCAGCCUGGUCAAGAACGUAACCGUGAAGAGCAGUGUCACCUCCCACAACCUUGACAAUCUUUUACCUGGGACCCUGUACACAGUUACCGUGGUGACAGAGGCUGAAGGACUGCAGAAUUCUGUCUCCAAACAAGCAGUCACAGAUCCUGUGGGUCCAUCCAGAUUGGAUGUGGUACCAGAGUCGAUCCAGAAUAUUCUUCCUGGUCAGGACAGCUCCAGAGGCUUGCUCGUAUCCUGGCCUCGGUCUCACGGACAGGUCGACUGGUAUGACCUCACACUACAGGACACCAAAACAGGGGCGAGCCGCAGUACUCGUGUCAUGGGCACUGCUGCCCCUCAGUCAGGCUUCAGCGGCCUCAUCCCUGGCACCCUCUAUGCCCUCAAACUGGUGGCAACAGCUUGUAAUAAAACAGCCCUACCAGUUCUGGCCAGUGCAGCUACAGCUCCGUCAGCCAUCAGCAGCCUCCAGCUCUCAACCACCUCCAUCAACAUGACAGUUUCCUGGCAGCCUGGCCCAGGCAGGAGAGAGUGUUUCAGGGUUCUGCUGAGGGACCAACAGGGCAGCCUGGUCAAGAACGUAACCGUGAAGAGCAAUGUCACCUCCCACAACCUUGGCGACCUUCUACCUGGGACCCUGUACACAGUUACCGUGGUGACAGAGGCUGAAGGCCUGCAGAAUUCUGUCUCCAAACAAGCAGUCACAGAUCCUGUGGGUCCAUCCAGGCUGGAUGUGGUACCAGAGUCAGUCCAGCAUGUUCUUCCUGAUCAGGACAGCUCCAGAGGCUUGCUCGUAUCCUGGCCUCGGUCUCACGGACAGGUCGACUGGUAUGACCUCACACUACAGGACACCAAAACAGGGGCGAGCCGCAGUACUCGUGUCAUGGGCACUGCUGCCCCUCAGUCAGGCUUCAGCGACCUCAUCCCUGGCACCCUCUAUGCCCUCAAACUGGUGGCAACAGCUGGUAAUAAAACAGCCCUACCAGUUCUGGCCAGUGCAGCUACAGCUCCGUCAGCCAUCAGCAGCCUCCAGCUCUCAACCACCUCCAUCAACAUGACAGUUUCCUGGCAGCCUGGCCCAGGCAGGGGAGAGCGUUUCAGGGUUCUGCUGAGGGACCAACAGGGCAGCCUGGUCAAGAACGUAACCGUAAAGAGCAGUGUCACCUCACACAACCUAGACAGCCUUCUACCUGGGACUCUGUACACAGUUACCGUGGUGACAGAGGCUGAAGGACUGCAGAAGUCUGUCUCCAAACAAGCAGUCACAGAUCCUGUGGGUCCAUCCAGAUUGGAUGUGGUACCAGAGUCGAUCCAGAAUAUUCUUCCUGGUCAGGACAGCUCCAGAGGCUUGCUCGUAUCCUGGCCUCGGUCUCACGGACAGGUCGACUGGUAUGACCUCACAUUACAGGACACCAAAACAGGGGCGAGCCGCAGUACUCGUGUCAUGGGCACUGCUGCCCCUCAGUCAGGCUUCAGCGACCUCAUCCCUGGCAUCCUCUAUGCCCUCAAACUGGUGGCAACAGCUGGUAAUAAAACAGCCCUACCAGUUCUGGCCAGUGCAGCUACAGCUCCGUCAGCCAUCAGCGGCCUCCACCUGUCAGCCACCUCCAUCAACAUGACAGUUUCCUGGCAGCCUGGCCCAGGCAGGAGAGAGCGUUUCAGGGUUCUGCUGAAGGACCAACAGGGCAGUCUGGUCAAGAACGUAACUGUGAAGAGCAGUGUCACCUCCCACAACCUAGACAACCUUCUACCUGGGACUCUGUACACAGUUACCGUGGUGACAGAGGCUGAAGGACUGCAGAAUUCUGUCUCCAAACAAGCAGUCACAGAUCCUGUGGGUCCAUCCAGAUUGGAUGUGGUACCAGAGUCGAUCCAGAAUAUUCUUCCUGGUCAGGACAGCUCCAGAGGCUUGCUCGUAUCCUGGCCUCGGUCUCACGGACAGGUCGACUGGUAUGACCUCACACUACAGGACACCAAAACAGGGGCGAGCCGCAGUACUCGUGUCAUGGGCACUGCUGCCCCUCAGUCAGGCUUCAGCGACCUCAUCCCUGGCAUCCUCUAUGCCCUCAAACUGGUGGCAACAGCUGGUAAUAAAACAGCCCUACCAGUUCUGGCCAGUGCAGCUACAGCUCCGUCAGCCAUCAGCGGCCUCCACCUGUCAGCCACCUCCAUCAACAUGACAGUUUCCUGGCAGCCUGGCCCAGGCAGGAGAGAGCGUUUCAGGGUUCUGCUGAAGGACCAACAGGGCAGUCUGGUCAAGAACGUAACUGUAAAGAGCAGUGUCACCUCCCACAACCUAGACAACCUUCUACCUGGGACUCUGUACACAGUUACCGUGGUGACAGAGGCUGAAGGACUGCAGAAUUCUGUCUCCAAACAAGCAGUCACAGAUCCUGUGGGUCCAUCCAGAUUGGAUGUGGUAUCAGAGUCGAUCCAGAAUAUUCUUCCUGGUCAGGACAGCUCCAGAGGCUUGCUCGUAUCCUGGCCUCGGUCUCAUGGACAGGUCGACUGGUAUGACCUCACACUACAGGACACCAAAACAGGGGCGAGCCGCAGUACUCGUGUCAUGGGCACUGCUGCCCCUCAGUCAGGCUUCAGCGACCUCAUCCCUGGCACCCUCUAUGCCCUCAAACUGGUGGCAACAGCUGGUAAUAAAACAGCCCUACCAGUUCUGGCCAGUGCAGCUACAGCUCCGUCAGCCAUCAGCAGCCUCCACCUGUCAGCCACCUCCAUCAACAUGACAGUUUCCUGGCAGCCUGGCCCAGGCAGGAGAGAGUGUUUCAGGGUUCUGCUGAGGGAACAACAGGGCAGCCUUGUCAAGAACGUAACUGUGAAGAGCAGUGUCACCUCCCACAACCUAGACAACCUUUUACCUGGGACUCUGUACACAGUUACCGUGGUGACAGAGGCUGAAGGACUGCAGAAUUCUGUCACCAAACAAGCAGUCACAGAUCCUGUGGGUCCAUCCAGAUUGGAUGUGGUACCAGCGUCGAUCCAGAAUAUUCUUCCUAAUCAGGACAGCUCCAGAGGCUUGCUCGUAUCCUGGCCUCGGUCUCACGGACAGGUCGACUGGUAUGACCUCACACUACAGGACACCAAAACAGGGGCGAGCCGCAGUACUCGUGUCAUGGGCACUGCUGCCCCUCAGUCAGGCUUCAGCGACCUCCUCCCUGGCACCCUCUAUGCCCUCAAACUGGUGGCAACAGCUGGUAAUAAAACAGCCCUACCAGUUCUGGCCAGUGCAGCUACAGCUCCGUCAGCCAUCAGCAGCCUCCACCUGUCAGCCACCUCCAUCAACAUGACAGUUUCCUGGCAGCCUGGCCCAGGCAGGAGAGAGUGUUUCAGGGUUCUGCUGAGGGAACAACAGGGCAGCCUGGUCAAGAACGUAACUGUGAAGAGCAAUGUCACCUCCCACAACCUAGACAACCUUUUACCUGGGACUCUGUACACAGUUACCGUGGUGACAGAGGCUGAAGGACUGCAGAAUUCUGUCUCCAAACAAGCAGUCACAGAUCCUGUGGGUCCAUCCAGAUUGGAUGUGGUACCAGUGUCGGUCCAGAAUAUUCUUCCUGGUCAGGACAGCUCCAGAGGCUUGCUCGUAUCCUGGCCUCGGUCUCACGGACAGGUCGACUGGUAUGACCUCACACUACAGGACACCAAAACAGGGACGAGCCGCAGUACUCGUGUCAUGGGCACUGCUGCCCCUCAGUCAGGCUUCAGCGACCUCAUCCCUGGCACCCUCUAUGCCGUCAAACUGGUGGCAACAGCUGGUAAUAAAACAGCCCUACCAGUUCUGGCCAGUGCAGCUACAGCUCCGUCAGCCAUCAGCAGCCUCCACCUGUCAGCCACCUCCAUCAACAUGACAGUUUCCUGGCAGCCUGGCCCAGGCAGGAGAGAGUGUUUCAGGGUUCUGCUGAGGGAACAACAGGGCAGCCUUGUCAAGAACGUAACUGUGAAGAGCAAUGUCACCUCCCACAACCUAGACAACCUUUUACCUGGGACUCUGUACACAGUUACCGUGGUGACAGAGGCUGAAGGACUGCAGAAUUCUGUCUCCAAACAAGCAGUCACAGUUGCCGCAGCGGUGUCAGACCUGGUCUUAGAGAACAACGGCAGUCGGAACACCCUGAGGGCCUCCUGGGUCACCGCUCGAGGCCUGGUGGACGCCUACGUGGUGUCCCUGAAACACCUGGGCUCAGCCAGUCAGGCGAGGACGCUGCCCCCCAACGCCACAGAGGCGGUUUUCAGCGGCCUGACCCCUGGACGAUCCUAUCAGCUGUCUGUGAAGUCAAAGGUCGGAGAGCAGAUGACUGAAGCUGUGACCACAGGCAGGACAGUUCCAGACAAGGUGUCUCAGCUGUCCAUGGAGGGCCUCAGCGAUGGCAGCACUCUGAAGAUGACAUGGUCUCCCCCUAAGGGGGAUUGGGAGAACUAUCGCGUUCUGCUGCUCAACGGCUCAGUGGCUGUGGUGAAUGAAACAGCGGGCAGGCUGGUUGGAGACCACUCCUUCUCUAGGGCAUCCCUGGGGCUUGAACCUGGCAGGCUGUACACAGCCCGGGUAACAGUGGAGAGUGGCCCGUACGGUAACACAGCCCACUGUCAAGGACGGCUUGCCCCCCUCCCGGUCCAGCAGCUGGUGGUGCGUCACAGUGAUGAGACCUCCCUGAGCGUGCUGUGGUCCCGCCCGGCGGGGGCGUGGGACGGGUACGCCGCGGUCCUGAGACAGGGCGACACCGUGGUGGCCCAGAGGUCACUGACUCGUGACGCCAGGGAGUGCACCUUCAACGUGCUCACGCCUGGAAGCCGUUAUGACAUCACCGUUAGCACAGUCAGCGGAGGCCUGAGCAGCUCCGCCUCAGUGACGGGACAAACCGUCCCGGCGCAGGUGACCAGUCUGCGGGUGACCAACGGAGGCAGCACGGACAGCCUCCAGACCCAGUGGGAGCGGCCCGCCGGCAGGCUGGACUCCUACCGUGUGCUGCUCAUCCACGACAGCAGUGUCAUAAAGAACGAAAGUGCUCCUGCCCACACCACAGCCUACAGCUUCCUGGCGCUGAAGCCUGGCGCCCUCUACAGGGUGGUGGUGACCACGGUCAGGGUCGGCCAGGCCUCCAGGCAGAGUGUCGCAGAGGGACGUACAGUUCCUGCUGCUGUAGGCGAGGUGACCGUGAGCAACAAUGGUCGUAUGGACUUCCUGAGUGUGUCAUGGCGACCAGCCCCAGGUGACGUGGAUAGCUACCUGGUCACCUUGAGGGACCGGGAGAGGACCGUCCACACGCUGGUGGUGUCUAAGUCCAGCCCAGAGUGUGUGUUCAAGUCUCUGGUGUCUGGACGCCUCUACAACAUCUCAAUCACUUCCCGCAGCGGAACCUACGAGAACCACACCAUGGUGCAGGAACGCACACAGCCCUCCAGUGUCCAGAACCCCACAGCCAUCCACUCAGCAAGGGAUGACUACCUGAAAGUGUACUGGCGUCACGCAGCUGGGGACUUUGACUUCUACCAGGUGGCCAUCAAGCACAACAACCUCUACCACCAGAACAAGACGGUCCAGAAGAGCCAGAACGAGUGUGUGUUCAACGGCCUGGUGCCGGGCAGACUCUACACUGUGAUCGUCAGCACAUGGAGCGGGAAGUAUGAGACCAGCAUGUCCACAGAUGGACGGACCUUCCCCGCCGCCGUGAGGUCACUGUCCCUGGCCGGGCGAGGAACGGAGGACCUACGGGUCACUUGGCUGGCGGCUCCCGGGGACGUUGACCACUACGAGGUGCAGCUCCUUUUCAACGACAUGAAGGUGUUUCCUCCCAUGACUCUGGGCAGCAGUGUGGGAGAGUGCGUCCUCUCCUCCCUCACCCCUGGACGGCUCUACAAGAUCCACGUGUCCACCUUCAGCGGGCCCAACCAGAGGGCCCAGUUCAUAGAGGGGAGGACAGUCCCCAGCAAGGUCAAGAACAUCCACGUGAGCAACGGCGGCCAAAGCAGCAGCCUGAAGAUCAGCUGGACACCCGGGCAGGGUGACGUGGACAGCUACUCCGUGACGCUGUCGCUUGGCGGCCCAGGGGGACAGAGGCUGGAGACACGACCCGUGCCCAAACACCAGAAUCAGCUGGGAUUCAGCUUGCUGCAGCCUGGCCAGCUCUACAGCGUGACUGUGAUGUCCAUCAGUGGUGUGCUGCUGAACAACAACACGGCCAGCGGACGCACCGUCCCCUCUGUAGUGACGGGCCUGCAGGCUGACAACAGACACUCCACCUGCAGUAUCCAGGUGAGCUGGCAGGAGGCAAGGGGUGUGGCGGAUGGAUACAGCCUUCAGCUGCUGGACGACAGGGGACAUCUGGUCACCAACAGCUCACAGGUGUCUUCCGGCACCACACCCCUCUGGCACGGCUUCGACGGUCUCACUCCGGGUAAGAAGUACCAUGUCCUGGUCCAAACCACCAGUGGAGGGGUUCACAGCGAGGGAGUCACCGCUGAAGCGCGAACACGUCCAGCAGCGGUGAGCGACCUCUCCAUCCUGAGCAACAGCAGUAGCAGCCUAUCCUUCCACUGGUCUCCGCCGGAGGGUGAGUUCGAAGGUUAUGACCUCUACCUGUACAACGGAGACAAUUCAUUGUAUGACCGACGCAGUGGCCAGCCCAACACCUUGCAGGUCACCUUCCAGGGCCUGAGGCCUGGCGCCCCCUACAGGAUGGUGGUGUUAACACGCAGUGGAGAGCAGACCAACGACUUCGCUAUCUGGGCCAGGACUGUUCCCACUGCUGUGACCUCCCUUCACCUUCAGAGUCUUAACCAGUCGGUGCUGUUGGUGUCUUGGGAGCGUGCGGUGGGGGAACUGAGUGGCUACCUGCUGUCUCUCUACAACCCGGACGGCUCCCAGCAGGCAGAGGAGACGCUAGGGCCAGACUCCACGGAGCACGAGUUCACCGCGCUGAUCCCCGGCCGUCUCUACCACAUCGUUAUCUUGACACGAAGCGGAGAGCUCACCAACAGGGCCAGUGCUCAGGGACGGACAGCCCCCAGGGCGCCUACCUCGGUGUCAUUCGGCGGGGUCACCAACACCUCUGUGGAGCUGACCUGGAGUGGCCCUGUGGGCAGCGACUACGACGACUUCGAGCUGCAGUGGUCUCCCCCGGACAACCUGUCCGUGUUCAACCCCUACCACACGCGCCCGUCUGGGAGCCGCAUCCUGAAGGGCCUGUAUCCCGGGCGACUGUACAGCUUCAGCCUGCGGACGGUCAGCGGGGCGGGGACCGGGAGCCCCGCCUACAGCCCGCCCAUCCACAAGAGCAUCCGUACCAAGCCCGAACAUGUCCAGUACCUCCACUGCCGCCCCCAGAACUCCACCUCCAUCUUGUGCUCAUGGGCUCCCCCAGAGGCCGACUUCGACUCCUACACCAUCGAGUGCCUCCUCCGGGACUCCCGCACCCUGGUGUACUCCCAGCGUACGGGGCGCAACAGCACCCUGUACCGGAUCACCCAGCUGGAGCCACACAAGCGCUACACCGUCAGCGUCAAGGCCAUCUCCGACAGCAUGACCAGCGAGGCCGCUGAGGACAGCGUGGUCACCAUGAUUGACCGGCCCCCUCUCCCUCCCCUGAGCUCCAGGGUGACCGACAGGGCCGUGCUCAUCACCAAGAACACCAUAUUCUUCAAGUUCAACUGCAGCUGGUUUAGUGAUGUCAACGGAGCCGUCAAGUUCUUCGCCGUGGUGGUGAACGAGUCUGAAGACAAUGAAAACGUUCAGCCAGAGCAGCUGCAUCCCCUCCCCUCCUACCUGGACUACAGAACCAACAGUUCCAUCAAGGCCUACCAGACCAGUUACUUCCCCAGCCGCUGCACUGAGGGGCCAGGAGACAGUGGCACCCAGGGCUACGAGAUCAGCCUGGGUUCGGGUAUGGACACGCUCGGCGGUGCCUGUGACCAGGACAUGGAACUAGACACGCUCAGAACCCAGAACCCCUUCUGUGACGGCCCACUCAAACCCAAAACGGCAUACAGAAUCAGCGUACGUGCGUUCACCCAACUCUUUGACGACGAUCAGGGCGGAUAUACCCCUCCCCUCUACAGAGACACAUACCUGUCCCUCCCCCUGGUCACAGAAGCAGAGCCCUUGAACGGCGUGAUCGAAGGCAUCAGUGCUGGCAUGUUCCUCGUCGCCAUGAUGGUGGCAGUCACGGCGCUGCUCAUCUGCAGGCAGAAAGCUCGCAAAGUGAGCGUGCAGGAGCAGCCGGCGGUCCGAAUGAGCAUGAGGAGGGAGAGGCCCGCCUCUGGAGUGCAUGUGGGUGUCAGGAGGAACCGUCGUAUUUCAAGCCCCAUUAAGAUCAUGAACUUUGACUCCCACUAUACCAAACUCCAGGCUGACUCCAAUUACCUAUUGUCUGAGGAGUAUGAAGACCUUAAAGACGUAGGGAGGAACCAGCCCCUGGACACCGCCCUGCUGCCAGAAAACAGAGGGAAAAACCGAUACAACAACAUCCUCCCCUAUGACUCGACCCGUGUGAAGCUAUCAUAUGUGGAUGAUGAUCCAUGCUCUGACUACAUCAACGCCAGCUACAUUCCUGGGAACAACUUCCGUAGGGAGUACAUCGCCACUCAGGGCCCGCUUCCCGGAACCAAGGAUGACUUCUGGAAGAUGGUGUGGGAGCAGAAUGUCCAUAACAUUGUCAUGGUGACCCAGUGUGUUGAGAAAGGCAGGGUGAAGUGUGAUCACUACUGGCCCUUUGACCAGGACCCUCUGUAUUAUGGAGACCUCAUAGUCCAGAUGCUGUCUGAAUCUGUGUUACCAGAGUGGACUAUACGGGAGUUCAGGAUCUGCAGUGAGGACCAGUCGGACUACUCUAGGGUGGUUCGUCAGUUCCACUACACAGUGUGGCCUGACCACGGCGUCCCAGAGACCACCCAGUCACUCAUCCAGUUUGUCCGGACCGUCAGAGACUACAUCAACAGGACCCCCGGGUCUGGAGCCACUGUGGCCCACUGCAGUGCUGGCGUCGGCCGUACGGGGACGUUCAUCGUUUUGGACAGGGUGCUGCAACAGCUGGACACCAAGGACACGGUGGACAUCUACGGAGCUGUCUUCGACCUACGCCUGCACCGCUCACAUAUGGUGCAGACAGAAUGCCAGUACGCAUACCUUCACCAGUGUGUGAGAGAUGUCCUCCGAGCCAGGAAACUUCGCAAUGAGCAGGAGAACCCCCUCUACCCCAUUUAUGAGAACGUGAACCCUGAGCCCCAACGAGAUAUGGUGUAUGCCAGACGCUAAAGAUUGUAAGGACCUCUGGGGAGAAAAUAUUAAAACAGUUUGUGCUUUCAAAGGUGUAGCACUGCAGGGAUACAUGGCAAAUUUAUUUUUCUACUUUAUUGGUGAUUGUUCUUAGCAGAUUUUAUAAAAUAUAGGAAACAUUCCCUUAAAUUAUAUCAGACUACAAAGUUUAAAAGAAUUGUAUAUAAUUGCUUGUAUGUGUGUAUGUUUAUGUAUAUAUAUAUUUUUUAAUUUACAUUAUUGGCUUUGUAAACAUUUUUUUCCAUUUGUUUGUUAAGCUAUCAUUUGCACAUCAUUUUGAACCAAAAAACAUUCCACACCAUAAACAAUCCCCAAAUUAUUCUACAACAUUGUCAAAUUCAUCAAAAAGUAUUUGCAUAUCUAAAGUAAAUGUAUUGGCUACUGUAUCUUUCACUAAACACUUAAAAUGUUGGACAAAAAUGCUUUCUGUUUGACAUUACACAUAUUUUCAUAAGCACUGAGGAUAUACAAAUAUUUGAAUAUUUAUGUAGAUAAUCACAUUAUGAAUAUAUUUGGAGAUACUGUACUGAUAUUGUGAAGCCUUGUAUUUGUACUGGUGUGUAGAAUGAUAGAUUGCCUGAAUAUGAAAAUCCAAAAAGCAUUUAGGCAUGCAAAAAGAUUGUCAUACAUGUUAGUGUAUGUUGUGUAAUCCACAUUUUAUCUUAUAUGUA